GUUCCCUUUCAAGCGUGUCUAAUGAGAGGUUCUUUGACGUAUGCAGUUUAUACUUUAUACUGGUUUAUAACUCACUUAUUAGGUAAUGUCCCAGAUUUAAUUUCCAAAUGGCUAGAGGAGACUCGUAUAUGUUGAUGAGGGAGGAGACCAAUCCAGACGUGUUUGUGGUGCAAUCGAAACAAGCUCGUGCGCCAAUAGCGUCGAUGGAACGAACAAGAAAACUCUUGAUUGCAUUCGUUAUUUUCAUGGGAAUUCUAAUUAUCUUCCUGGUGGUUGUGCUAGAGCACAUUAUCAAGAGCUCAAACGCGGAAACUGAGCAAACAACUGAGCCAUUCAGCAGCAAUUGCACGAUAACUUUAGUGGAAAGCAUUCCUGAAAAUGUCACAUUCUCAGCAGGAUCGGUUCAGAAUCCAAGCAUCUAUGAUGGCUGGAUGAAUCUCCUAGACAUCGCAGAGGAGCGGAUCGACAUAGCAUCGUUUUAUUGGACAUUACAAGGAAGCGAUACGAAAACCAAAGAUUACAGUACCGAAGAAGGAGAGACUGUGUUCAAGAAGUUACAGGAUGUUGCUAAAGCAGGUAGAGAUACUUCUUGUGUGAACAAAAGGCGCAUGUUAUCGAAUGCUGAGAAGGUAGCAUAUGCGUGAUUUUUGAGGAAGACCACCUAUUGCAAAGUGCCAUGGGGGAGUCCCGGUGGAGGUGGGAGGGGAAGUAAGAAUUAUAUAGAGCAUAGUCUCACCUAAAAGGGGAGAUGUAAAGGGUUAGGUUAAGGGGCUUUUUGAGACUUGACUGGCCUUUCAAAAUUAUGAAACUCUUGACAGACAUCAUGUAACACCUGCUUUAGAGAAAAGACUAAACCUUACAAAACUAUUAAACUAGUUUCAUUUACUCACUAAGGAACAAGCACAAAGUGCAAGGGACUGGAGAUUAGUGUGAGGCCCUAAGGGGCAAUGCUCCCUUCCUCCUCAGUGCCCCUCACUGGAUUUUUAGCAGAGAGACUUCUUCUAUUGUUGUAAAUUUUUUUGCAACAAACAAUCACACUAGUUUGAUGUACACUUUUUAUUCUUCCAACUCACUGGCAAUUCUGAUCUCACAAUCAAUAAUCCUAAAUCACCUAUCAUGAACCUAUCAACAAGUUCGCUGUAACACUUAGGUCAUGACAGUAUGUUUUCCCAAUUAAGGCCAAAUGUAAUGGGAGUGGCCUUCACAUGCAAGUGAGGUACAGAACACCUGGCGUGGUGCUCAAUUCUUGUUAAGUAUAAUCGAUCUACUAAUACUUAGCACCAAGUUAAAGACAAAACUUUGAUAUUCUGUUUUUUUAUUCUACCUCUUGUUUUGCCUUCAAGGUGUUAAAAUCCGAAUUGUACAGACACCUCCUACUGAUGCCUUCCCUCAGAUAGACACAAAUAUCCUUUCCAAGGAAGGACUUGCAGAUGUACGAUCAUUAAACAUAACACGUCUGGUUGGCAGUGGAAUCUUGCACACUAAGAUGUGGCUUGUUGAUGGUAAACACUUUUAUGUUGGCAGUGCAAAUCAGGACUGGAGAGCACUCACACAGGUACAGCUCAGUGAAUACUUUUAGUCUGAGUAAGAAUUGUUUUCAAGGAUUUUUUUCUCUCUGAAGUUUAUCAGAGUAAUACUGAGAAAGCCCUUGCUUAUUCACAUGUAGGUAAAGAAAGGUGAUUUUUUCAUCGCAAAGGUUUCCAUAUUUACAACAUGUACCUUUCCCUUUCCCUUUCCUUUCACUUCCCCCCCCCCCAUCUCCCCUUAUUCCACCCCACCCUUUAACUAAAACGUGAAAGCUUCAGGUUGGGCUUCUACUGGAGAGUGGGUCUCCAGGUUUUAUGUGUGAUCCAUUUUCCUGUCCACUUUUUAUCAUUUUUUUUGUAUGGCAGGUUUCUGUGUCACAUUUCAAUGUCAUUUCAUUGUUUUAGACUUGAAGCUGACAGUGCUUCAGUUCUGUCAAUGUUUAGGUGCAAGAGCUUGGCCUUAUCACCUACAACUGCAGCCUCAUGGCAAAUGAUAUGAGCAAAAUAUUUGAUGUAUACUGGGACCUAGCACAGGACACAAAGAUCCCAAAUCCCUGGCCAAAAAAGUACCAAACAACCAUUAAUGCUGGUAAGUGCCCAGGCCACUAACCUAAGCACUAACCUAACCCACUUUUUAACUCAGGCACAAGGAUUCGGGCAGUCCCAUUGUAGUUAGAUUCUAAUAUCUGGAGACCAAAAUAUCCCCUUGAGAUAUGACUGCUGAUGUGAUAUUUGUUAUAUUAAAUCUUGAAACCCUGCAGGGGUAUGUUCCUUAGGUUUGGUGUUGGAGAUUCUUAACCAUUUGACCAAUAAGAGUGAUUAGUAUCUAAUUUCUCCUUCUAAUAUCACCCCUGAAUUAAAAAAUUGUGAUCAAGACAAUAAAAGAAAGAUCACCUUAGCACCUUAGGAAAUGUAUAGAGAACAGUGGGGAGAAUAUGCAUUCUGAUGUUAGGGUGUUAAGGUGUAUUGUUUGCAGGGUAAUUGCUAGACAGUUUCUGUACAAGAGUUGAAGUGCUGACAUGGUUUGACUCUAUCAGAGAGAAUCCAACACUGUUCAGUUUUAAUUUUUCCACACAAUUUUUUCUUUCUUUUUACAGAUUCUCCAGCUCAAAUAAAAUUCAAUGGUUCCAAUGCAGCUUCAGUAUAUUUGUCUUCUUCUCCACCCAAGUUUUGUCCACCUGAUCGUACUGAUGAUUUGUCAGCCAUAAUACGAGUUAUUGACAGUGCCACAAAGUUUGUUUUUGUUUCUGUGAUGGAUUAUUUUCCAACAACUUUGUAUACACGUCAAAGAACGUGAGUUCAUUUUUGUUCCCUCUUAAUCAACCAUGUUUGUAAUGUUUCACUGUACUCUAGUUCCCAGGCCUUGGUUGUUCGCGGGAUAGAUAACGCUAUCCUUCGGAUAAAUCGAUAUCUAUUGAAUAGGGUACUACCUCCGGAUAACAGUUAUCCACACGAUAGCGAUUUAUCCGUGGACAGCGUUAUCACCCUUUGAACAACUUGGCGUAGGAGUUUAUUUUUUAAUGCGAAUUAGUUCUCAAGAUUUUAGAGAGCAUCAAUCCCGUAAAGUUCAGGGCUUAUUUUUCUCCUUUUGGCUGCCAAAUUAGCCAAAUGGUUCCUAGGGCAAGAUAAUAAAAACUGGGCAAUUCUCGCACUAGAUUGUGUACAACAUAAUGCGACACACUUCUGAGCUUAUUCUCAUAUUCAUAUUUUACCUUCAGUAAACACAUGGUACUUUUAAAAAUCAUCAAGAGCUAACUUUUUGUGAUAUUGCGUUUGAAAUGUGAGACGGAGUUAAGUGAUCCUAAGAAGAAACGAGAGACACGGUUUCGUUCGGCGGCAGCGUAAAAAUUCAAACUCCAUAUCCACGGUUGAUAACAACUUGAGCACUGAUUAAGAAAGACGGAUUCACUUGAAAUCGUUGACGUUAAAAAAAAUAUAUUCUUCAUUAGUUAUUGGCCAGUUAUAGAUGACGCUUUAAGACGAGCAGCAUUUGAUCGUAAAGUACAUGUGCGACUGAUGGCCAGCCUAUGGAAUCACACACGAUCUGAUAUGAAAAACUACCUUCGAUCCCUGGCUGCUUUGAACUAUGCUAAUGAUGCUUAUGUCCAAGUGGUAAGUGCAGUAUCAGGUAAUAACUGAUUUUUUUCCUCGUUUCUUAAAGACGUUUCUGUGGUAUCUGGUUAUAAAUAACUCCCCUGGUACAUACCUUUUACUGACCACGUUUUCUUACUCCGUACUGUGAGUUACGGACUUGAUUUUUUCCACUCGCAUUCAUUCAUGCCCAAAGCGCGAAACACACGGGUCACAAAUCCAAGUGAGAAAAACGAUGUUCUGUAACUUAAAGUGCGAACCGAUAAAACAAGGUUAGUAGAAUGUUCAUUAUGUCUCUGGGUUCGAUUAGAGGAGGAAGAUUUCAAUUGAAAAUAUUUUUGAAUAUGGCGGCCGUACUGUGUAAUGUGACCAAUCAAAGCGUACGUACUGAGAGACAAAGUAAGUCUACUUACACGUUUUCUCACGUUGCUUGUUGACCAAUCACAAGUUUUGGGAGAGUGCGGGGGAAUAGCGGUUACAUUUGCUCUGAGUCUACUGUGGUAACUACUGAAAAAUAAGUUCCGCCUUUAUGUGUCAAGAACUAGACAGUAUUUUUCUCUCUACAUUUACGUCAACAGAGGCUAUACUCUGUGCCACCUUACACGAAAGAGAUCCCUUUCACCCGGGUGAACCACAACAAAUACAUGGUCACUGAGAGUGUGGCAUACAUCGGUACGUCCAACUGGUCAGCGGAUUACUUUCUGUACACCGGUGGCAUCGGUUACGUCAUCAACGAAACGGAAAAUAGCAGCAAUGUGCGUGCGCAGCUGCAAGCUGUGUUUGAGAGGAACUGGUAUUCAAAUUUUACUACACCAAUUUACGACAAGGAUUGAAUAAGCUCAAAACCCGGUUCUAAUGGACAGAUAGCUUUAUGAGAUUUACUCGUACCAUACAUAUUUACAACAUUUGUAGCCCUGCUUGAUUAAUUUUACUGGGGUUUUAUCAACUGAGUUGAUUAUGUGAAUCAUACGCCGUAAAGAGUUGUCUUAAGCUGUCGUUUCGAGCGUCAGCCCUUCGUCAGAGCCAAGACACAUUCCUUAGACACAUUCUUGUAAAAUGUGAGAACGAGAUACAUAUUUUACGAUUUUUAUAAAUGUAGAAAUAGCAAAAUGUAAAUCAAGGUAAAAUUAUCCCAAGACUCAAUGAACUCUCUCGUCCGCGUUAGGUAAGAUAUUGUGUUUUAGUGAACGUAAUUGAAUUGUAAUAAAGUAAAAUU